AAGGGGGAGGAGAUUUUCCACAAGAAAAGGUUGUUUUCAUGUUUGGGAUUCAGGAAAGCAUCCAACGGAGUGGAAGCAGCAUGAAGGAAGAGCCGCUGGGCAGCGGCAUGAACGCGGUGCGGACGUGGAUGCAGGGCGCCGGGGUGCUGGACGCCAACACGGCGGCGCAGAGCGGGGUGGGUCUGGCCCGGGCUCACUUUGAGAAGCAGCCGCCUUCCAAUCUGCGGAAAUCCAACUUCUUCCACUUCGUCCUGGCCCUCUACGACAGACAGGGCCAGCCCGUGGAGAUCGAGAGGACAGCCUUUGUGGGGUUCGUGGAGAAGGAAAAAGAAGCCAACAGCGAAAAGACCAAUAACGGGAUUCACUACCGGCUCCAGCUCCUCUACAGCAAUGGGAUAAGGACGGAGCAGGAUUUCUACGUGCGCCUCAUUGACUCCAUGACAAAACAAGCCAUAGUGUAUGAAGGCCAAGACAAGAACCCAGAAAUGUGCCGAGUCUUGCUCACGCACGAAAUCAUGUGCAGCCGCUGUUGUGACAAGAAAAGCUGUGGCAACCGAAAUGAGACUCCCUCAGAUCCAGUGAUAAUUGACAGGUUCUUCUUGAAAUUUUUCCUCAAAUGUAACCAAAAUUGCCUAAAGAAUGCAGGAAAUCCACGUGACAUGAGGAGAUUCCAGGUCGUGGUGUCUACGACAGUCAAUGUGGAUGGCCAUGUCCUGGCAGUCUCUGAUAACAUGUUUGUCCAUAAUAACUCUAAGCAUGGGCGGAGGGCUCGGAGGCUUGACCCCUCGGAAGGUACGCCCUCUUAUCUGGAACAUGCAGCUACUCCCUGUAUCAAAGCCAUCAGCCCGAGUGAAGGAUGGACGACGGGAGGUGCGACUGUGAUCAUCAUAGGGGACAAUUUCUUUGAUGGGUUACAGGUCAUAUUCGGUACCAUGCUGGUCUGGAGUGAGCUGAUUACUCCUCAUGCCAUCCGUGUGCAGACCCCUCCUCGGCACAUCCCUGGUGUUGUAGAAGUCACAUUGUCCUACAAAUCAAAACAGUUCUGCAAAGGGACACCAGGAAGAUUCAUUUACACAGCGCUCAAUGAACCCACCAUCGAUUAUGGUUUCCAGAGGUUACAGAAGGUCAUUCCUCGGCACCCUGGUGACCCUGAGCGUUUGCCAAAGGAGGUAAUACUCAAAAGGGCUGCAGACCUGGUGGAAGCGCUGUACGGGAUGCCACACAACAACCAGGAAAUUAUUCUGAAGAGGGCCGCUGACAUCGCAGAGGCUCUGUACAGUGUUCCCCGCAACCACAGCCAGCUCCCGGCCCUCACUAACACCUCGGUCCACGCGGGAAUGAUGGGCGUGAAUUCCUUCAGUGGACAACUGGCUGUGAAUGUCUCGGAGGCGUCACAGGCCACCAACCAGGGUUUCACCCGCAACUCAAGCAGCGUGUCACCACACGGGUACGUGCCGAGCACCACCCCCCAGCAGACCAACUAUAACUCCGUCACCACGAGCAUGAACGGAUACGGCACUGCCGCCAUGUCCAAUUUGGGCGGCUCUCCAACCUUCCUCAACGGCUCGGCUGCCAACUCACCCUACGCCAUCGUGCCAUCCAGCCCCACCAUGGCCUCCUCCACAAGCCUCCCCUCCAACUGCAGCAGCUCCUCGGGCAUCUUCUCCUUCUCACCAGCCAACAUGGUCUCAGCCGUGAAACAGAAGAGUGCUUUUGCGCCCGUUGUCAGACCCCAGACCUCCCCGCCUCCCACCUGCACCAGCACCAAUGGGAACAGCCUGCAAGCGAUAUCUGGCAUGAUCGUUCCUCCCAUGUGAAAGAAUUGCCUUGAAGAAUUUUAUUAAUGAAGAGGUUGGAUUCUGCUACAGAGAGUAAUCGGAUACAAGUCCUCAGUGGAACUUUUAACUCAGGCCUUUUUAAGAGGAAUCACAGUAACUGCAGAUUUUUAAACAAACAAUAUCACCGACCUUGCAAAUACUGAAAUUGGAAGGGAUCUGCAAGUGCAGAGCGUUGGUUAAAAGUUGUACCUCCCAGGUAUUUGGGGGAUAUAUUUAUUCUGUGUUGAUAGAAGCAAAUCCACUUUUUCUUUUUCUUUCUUUCUUUUUUUAAGCUUAACUCUGCAAUCACUUGUCUUUUAUAAACCAUAAAGCUGUGUACAAGGGACACUAUAAAUAAGACUCCACGUUUUAAUUUAUGAUGUUUUUAAAGCUGUGUAAAGGGAGAAUGAAGUGGUGAUAUUUACAAAAAAGUUAAAAAAAAAAGAAAAAAAGAAAAAAGAAAAAAAAAAAAAGCUUGUAUGGGACAGAAUAGGAAUGCCAGUUAGAUUUUUUAGAAAACUAAGGGUCGGCUUUUGCGCCUUAAAGCAUAUCAAAUGGUAGUUAGCUCAGACAGUGCAUUUUCAAUAUCUAACUUAACAUGCCAUCCCUUAGCAGUGCAAGCUUAUUUAUCUCUUUUGUAUUGUUGUCUUAAGUAACUGUGUAAAUAAAUGCAGCCUGGAAAGUUACAAAGUGAUGUAAGUGAUCACAUUUUCCCUUCUACUCAAAAAUCCAGUGCCUCUAGACAGAUUGUUAAAACUGCAUAUUUAAACCUGAUAUAAUUCUUUUACUUAUGUCAACUUCUUCUGAAGCCAAUGGCCUCUGGAGAGCUUGAUGGCACACAGACUGUGUGAGAAUCCCCUUCGAGCCUGCACGGAACAGGGUCCAGGCACAGAAUUAGAAUUCCAUAUUAUGCCCUCCAGUCACCAAGCCAAAUCCCACUCUCACGCUGCCAUUUGCAAGUUUAAAGUUUACUCCUCCUAAAUGCUGACUUCACACCAACCCUCCAAAAGCUGACAAAAGCAACAUGGCAGGUAUUUCUGAUUUCCCGUUUGAGAGGACACCUCUAUGGGUGACCCUCACGUUUGUAACAUAAUAGAAUAGAGGGACAGGUUAAGUGCUUUUGAAUUCAGAGUAAAAGGAAACUGGGAGAAAGGAGAAGAAGGUUGAGAGCUCCAAAACAUAGUUCUCUGUUCUAUGGAAUUUUUGCUCAUUAUCUGGGAAGUGUUCUUAAAAGUAAGAAUAAAUAGCAAAGACGCAGCAAAGCUCUGAGGAUGCGUUUGCCUGAUAUUUUUUUCUUUGCUGUUGUGUUUUGUAUGUAGUUAUAAAUACUGUAGAUUUUUUGUGAUUUUUGCCAAAGUCGUCGUUCUAUUUAUACAUUUUAAUGUCUUAAGACAGUUUUUCAAUAUCACAAAAAGAUUUUACUGCAUAUUUUGCAAAGAAAAGAAAGCUCACUACCUUUAGCUUGCACAUACUUGCGAAGUUAAUUAAAAGGCUUUUGUUUUAAAGGGGAUUUUGUAAAAUAUCCAUAUAAAUAAUGUAUUUAUCUUUGGAAUUUGUACAUUGCUUUCCCCUUCUUCCUUUUCCUCCCACUCCCAGUUUAUUUUAUUGUGUACGUUUGCUAUGUGAAAAGUGCGUAUUUGUUUGGUCACCUACAGUUGUAUUAGCUGUUUCAAUGUGAUUUUUAAACAUUUCAUUUAUAGUUAUUUUUAGUUUUGUUUUAAACCAUGCUUCAAUUUUUUUUAAUUUCCACCCAAAAGCCAUUGUCUAUUUUUGUAUUAUUUGUAAGUUAAGAAGUUUUUUCCAAUAUAUGGCAAAAAAAAAAUAGUAGCAUAUUAUUCUUGUAGUGUUUAGUUCUGUAGAUUAAAAAAUGUAUCCUUUGCUUUGGAAGCUUACAAAAAAAAAGAAAAACAAACCCUAAUGCUGUUUUACUCUAUUAAUAUGCAUGGAAUCUCUCCCUUUGGAGUGACGCAUUUUGUGCAUUGAAUUUCGGGGGAGAAACUUCAUAGAAAUCAAUGAACAUACUUUCUUUCUUAAGUCUGCUUGUAUAUUUCCUCUGUCUUUCACAUAAAUAUAAACCAGCAGAUUGGAUGCCUUAACAAUGCAAAUCAUAUUCAUUUCACUUGUACAUUGUAACUGUGCACCAGAACUGUCAGUCAUCACUAACAUUCUAAGAAAAAAGAAAAAGAAAAAAGAAAAAAAAAAAACAAAGAAAUGGAAAAGCACAAAA